AUGCACCUAGGCGUGAACGCACUGGCCGCAUUCCUGCUGGGGCACUUGUCCCGCCAUAAUCGACUUGCCAUCUCAUCAAUACUCUCAGCUCCCCUAUCGAUAUGUCCAUCUCUAAGAAAACGACAAGAGAAGGGCCCGGAGCUGCUGUACCCUGACCCUCCAUCAACAAACCAUCAUGAUAUGAGAUCCUUUCUUGCGUACGCAAACCGUAGUGGACUUGAUGUGGCAUCAACAGUUUACGUCGGAACCCACUAUGAGUACACAGUCUCUUCGACACUCGCCCAAUACGGCAUCCACGCUAUUCGUGUAGGCGGAGCAUCCGACCAGGGCAUCGACCUCCUCGGCACUUGGAGUCUUCCAUCCCGAGCUGAGAAUCUAAAGGUCAUCAUUCAGUGUAAAGGAGGUGCCCAGCGCGUCGGUCCUUCGAUAGUUAGGGAAUUGGAAGGUUCCUUCAUCGGCGCCCCGGUGGGCUGGCGUGGCGAAGGAGUUAUUGCCUUCUUGAUCAGUGAGAAACCAGCAAGCAAGGGCGUUCGGGAGUCUCUAGGACGAAGUCGCUGGCCCAUGGGUUUUAUCUCGUGCUCCAGGGAAGGUGUGGUGCAGCAGAUGCUCUGGAACCAACGGGCCGACGAGGAAGGUCUGCGAGGUAUUGUGGUGACGAUGCGCCAUACCGAGAACGGAGAGGGCGAGUCGCAGAUUGUCUUGACACACAACGGAAAGCGAAUCCCCAAAGCUUCAAAAGCGAAAGUUCCCGAGGGCGACUGA